UAAAGGUUGCAUUCAUUGUAGAUUUCUCCAGGGUAGAUUUCCCAUUUUAGAUUUCUCCAAUGUGAGCUGUGCUCGGAUAUUCCCAGCCAUCUCUCCAUUCUUUCCCUUCACAGUUGUUUCUGACAUCUUUUUAAAAAAAAUUGACCCUUCAUUCUUCAUUGUCUCUUCCAAAAUGUGAGAUCUGUCAUUAUAGUAAAAGGUCUGUUCCUUCUUGAUCCCUUCCUCUCUUCAAUGAUCAUUUGUACAAUUAUUGAAAGAUCGGGAUAAGUCAACUCUUACAGAUGAACAGUGGGGUGACCCCCUUUUGAUACCCAAUAUUAUUUGGCUUCGAUUAGAAUUGCAUAUUUAAAAGACAGUUCCAUAAGGAUAUAAACUAAAAUAUAGUUCUGCAGUGGAUUUUUUGGGUAAAGGUCAUUCAGAAGAGUGUAUUCACUAGAAAACAAAUACGUGGAGAUGAAUUUAUGGCAUGAUACACCCAUAUUUAAAAAAGAAACACAAAACCGUGGGACUUGCACUACUAGUAUUAUAAUGUAAAGAAACAUAAAAUCAUGGUACCUGCACUACUAUUAUAGAUUUAUAAUGUACAUAUGAAAUAGUUUUAAGCUAGUUUGGAACUAUGCUAGUAAUAAUCUGCCAUUGGUAGUUUAGCAACUCAUCUCCACUGCCUCCUCUCCAUUAUUUUAUGCUCAGGAAGAUGAGUGUGUGUUGAACCCCUGAUCAAAGGUCAACUAACUCAAAACCUGUGUGCUAACAUAAUUUAUUUUUACUCUUUGUUGUUGAUUGAUACUUUGUCUUCUAAUGAAAAGACCCUAAUAUACCAUGGCAUUUAAAAUCUAGAGCCAGCAUGCCCAGCCGGCAAACGUAGCAGAGCCGGAACAAAUGCUAGUUAUAUAUAUAUAUUAAUGCAUCCAUGCAUGGAUAUAUAUAUGCUAUCACCAACAUGGACAAGACUUGCAUCUAUUAGUUGGCCGGCAUUCCUCCACAAUCUUUAUCAUAUUAUCAUGUGAUUUGUAAUCUACUGUGUCAUGUUGAGAAGCAUACAUAGUAAAUUGAAGAUUCUCUCAGAGAAGAACACCCAAUAUGUUAAUCAUUAUCUCAUGCGGACUGCUUUGUCAUGUUUCAAAUAAUGUUCUAGUUAGCUUAUUAAAUGCUUUUCUGAGUUUCACUCUGCUAAGUUCUCAAUUUAAUACUAUAGGCCGGCCAUGUUUAUACUCUCUGCAUUGAUCUCUCCAUCCAUUUGUCCUCAACUCAUGAUAUUAUUCUCACCCUUGUCGUUAAAAGCCUACUCACUCUCUACAGUGUCCAUCUCCAUCUCAAUUCGAAGAACCAUAGCCAUGGUGAAGUCCCUAGGGAACCUGCAUUUUCUGUUCAUACUAACCUUCAUAGCCUUUGUUGUUGCUUGUUUUUGUGAACCCACUGACCUCAUUUCUUCUUGCUUAACUCGGCACAAUGUUAAUAACUUCACGGUGUUGCCUCACAAGCAAAAUGAGUCCCCAGCUUACUAUAGGCUCCUCAACUUCUCCAUUCAGAAUCUGCGGUUUGCUGUCCCUACUGCUCCAAAACCAGUUGCCAUUGUUCUACCACAGAGUCGAGAGCAGCUAGUGAACACCGUGUCAUGCUGUAGGGAAGGAUUGUUUGAGAUUAGAGUAAGGUGUGGUGGACACAGCUAUGAAGGAACUUCCUCGGUUGUUUUGGAUGGAAAUCCAUUCGUGAUCAUUGAUAUGAUGAGUCUAAACCAGGUUCUGGUGGAUUUGGAGUCUGAAACUGCAUGGGUUGAAGGGGGUGCAACACUUGGUGAGACUUACUAUGCUGUUGCAGAAGCAAGCAAUGUACAUGGGUUCUCAGCCGGGUCAUGCCCAACUGUAGGUGUUGGCGGCCACAUUUCUGGAGGUGGAUUUGGGUUGUUGUCCAGAAAAUAUGGUCUUGCAGCUGACAAUGUGGUGGAUGCGCUUCUCAUUGAUGCAGAUGGACGCCUAGUAGACCGGGAAGCCAUGGGAGAAGAUGUGUUCUGGGCAAUUAGAGGUGGUGGCGGCGGUGUUUGGGGGAUUGUAUAUGCAUGGAGGAUCAAGUUGUUGAAAGUACCUGAAACUGUAACAUCCUGUAUAAUGUCGAGAACUGGGACCAAGCUCCAUGUAGCUGAGCUAGUCCACAAGUGGCAAUUCAUCGCACCCAGGUUAGAACCUUCAUUUUAUCUAUCAGUUUUUGUUGGUGCUGGUUUGCUGGGAGGGAAGGAAACUGGGGUUUCAGCUUCAUUCAAAGGGUUCUAUCUGGGUUCAAGAAGCAAGGCCAUGUGGAUCCUGAACCGGGUUUUCCCAGAGCUAGGCAUUGAGAUAGAAGAAUGCAGAGAAAUGAGCUGGAUUGAAUCCAUCGCAUACUUUGGUGACUUGGCCGAAGGGAGCUCCAUCUCUGAGCUGAGGAACCGAUAUCUGCAAGCCAAACUAUACUUCAAGGCCAAAUCAGACUAUGUGAGGACUCCCAUUUCCAUGAAAGGCCUGAGGACUGCCUUGGACACUCUUGAGAAGGAGCCAAAAGGUUACGUUAUCUUGGACCCUUAUGGAGGAGAAAUGGAGAGAAUAAGCAGUGAUGCCAUAGCUUUUCCUCACAGGAAAGGCAACCUGUUCGCAAUUCAGUAUAUGGUGGCCUGGGAAGAAGACUCUCUUAUGAGCUACAAGUACAUAGAUUGGAUAAGAGGAUUCUACAAGUCGAUGACGCCGCAUGUUUCAUGGGAUCCAAGGGCUGCUUAUGUUAAUUACAUGGACCUGGAUCUUGGAGUGAUGGAAAUGGUGAAUAACAGCUUUUCAUCUGGUGAUCCUGUGGAGAUUGCCAGGGCUUGGGGUGAGAAGUAUUUCUUGAACAACUAUGAGAGGUUGGUGAGAGUGAAGACACUCAUUGAUCCAAACAAUGUAUUCAAUAAUCAACAGGGCAUUCCUCCAAUGCUCACAGCCGGAUUUAAAUGACAGGAGUGAGUGGCUGAGAGAGAGAGAUGCAUACUUGUUAGUUAAGAUUUACAUAUCAAAAACCUGUGUAUGUAUGUGCUAUAGACGUCUUGUGAUGACAGAAACUACUAUAGGGUUGUCUGUUUGUAUGUUUGAGGGAGCUCGUGUGUAUCUGCCAUAGGGUUGUGUGUGUGAGAUAGAGGGGAGGGGGGUGGUUGGCUAUUUGGGGUCAUUCUUGUGAGAGCCCUUUUAGUUUGUAGUGCAUC